GACACUAAUCCCCAUCAAUCAACACGUAAAAGCCAUGCAGCCCUUCACUUCCACUAUAAAAAAGGAGCUAGCUAGCCCCUUUACCCUCAUCAAUAACAAUCCUCAUCUUAUACAUACAUACUAGCUCAAGCUCUCUCUGAAAUGGCGAUCAAGUCCGCACUGGCAGCAGCUCUCCUGGUGGCCCUGGUGGCCGUGGCCAGCGCCACCACCGUGACGACGGUGACGACUUCCUACGACGAGAGGGGCAGCGAGAAGUACCGGCAGUGCAGCCAGCAGGUGCAGGGGCGGGAGUUCCAGGAGUGCCAGAGCUACCUGAAGCAGAGGAGCAGGCCUUACCUGGAGAUGGAGAUGGAGGCCGAAAGCAACCCCCAGCAGCAGGAGGAGUAUGCUGAGCAAUGCUGCGAGCAGCUCAGGGAAAUGGACCGCUACCAAUGCGGCUGCGAAGCCAUCAGGCACGCCGUCCAGAAGGCGCAGCAGCAGGGAGGCCGCUCCUACCAAGCCGGCACCGAGCAGAUCUACGAGAGGGCACGCGCCCUUCCCCGCCUCUGCAACUUGAGGGAGCAGCAAUGCCGCUUCAACCUUGUCUUUCUCUAGACUCUACUUCACCAGGUUAUGUCAUGUAAACCGGUGACCCUCUUUUUCUUUUUCUUCCCGUCCUACCCUCUGUUUAUCUCCUCCAAAUAAAUAAACAACAUUUUCGGAUCA